UUUGUGGUUUCGGAGCCCCAAACGUAGACAGAAGAACACUGUGGGCUUUAUUGAGGUGCUGGGCUCGGGUUUCAAACUCGGUCUCUGGUUUUCCGCGCGCAUGAAUACCCGGCGCCCGUAAUGCAGAACCAAAAAAUACGGCCCUAAUCGGUUAAUGUGACUAGUGGUGACUGCGCUGUCUGCUGCGGCUUAUUUGUGUGAGAGAGGUGAUUUAAUACGGAGGUAAGAUGUUUAAAUAACUUCCUCUCUGCUUCUGGAUAUUGCUAAUACAAAGGAAUUCUGAUUGAACAGAUGAAAUCUUAACCGGAAACAGACGACAACGAUCAAAAUGGAGUAAAGAACAUUCAGAGUUGUAAAUACUUUCAAAAUAUUGAAAUAAGAUAAAAUAAACAGAAAUGACAAGGCCUGGUACAGACCGAUGUGCACGUGCAUACACGAUGCUAUAAAAUGAGUAUACAAAUCCCCAGCAUCUGAUAUAGUGGCAGACGUGACCAUACAUUAAAACGCCGAAGACAGAUGAUUACGAGCUACGGAAAUGUCUGUUUUAUAGGAUAUAGAAGAACGAGGCAGAUAUCCAAAAUGUCAAGUAACAGAUGAUCGAAAUCCAUUAAUUUCUUUAUCAAAAUAUUGCCGCCAUUGCAAGAGGAGCGGAAUUCUGAGACAAGCCAUAAAAGCUACCGUAAACAUGUUCUGGAAAUUUAAACGGAGAUUUCGGAUUGGAAUGUUAAGAAGUGGCUUUUAUUACUGCUGUGUUGUUAUAUGCCUGAUUCUUGUGAUGAACUUGUUAGCUUUGAAAUUAAACUUUGAAACAAUAGAAGGGGAAAAUUACAUCGACGCGGGAGGAACGACAUUGCCAUCGGAGAGAAAAUUACAAAAUAUCGACGUCCAUUACCCUUUCUUUAAUGACUUGAAUCCAAACAUGUUCGUGUCUCGUCAAGGAUUACGUCAUACUUACGAAAAUAGAUUAAGAAAACUACUAGAGAUUAUGGAGACAAAUUUAGACAACUCCGCUGCAAAAAUUGUCACAGAGAAGACGUUACCUUAUGAAGCGUAUUUUCCGGAACGCUUACUUUACUGUGAUGACGUCAUGAAUAUAACGGAUAUGACGUACAUGGCUUCUGGCUGGACCAAGGCCGUAUUCAAGGGGACAUUUAAGGGACGUCAAGUGGCCGUGAAAACAGUUGACGUAAACGGCCAAGACGUCACAACGUGCAGAGACGCCGGACGAUCCGAAACGGACUGUUACGUGAAGGCGGCGAAGAAAAUCGUAAAGGAAAUAGUUGUGCUUCAGGCCCUAGCAAAUGACAACGUCUUAAAGGUGCUCGGAUUCUGUCUCCCGCGCGAUGCAGACGACAAUCUCUACGUUGCCAUGGUAACGGAAUUAGGAGAAUCCGUGGAUUUAAUAAAGUUACUACAGAUGUCCUGGGAGGAUAGACUUAGGAUAUGCCUUGACAUCACAAAGAUCGUAGCCAUGAUGAGCGAAACGCCAUAUGGCUCCAUGUCCAUGAACGACUUCCGGCGGCAACAGUUCGUUCUGGUUGAUGGCGUCCUCAAGCUGUCCGACGUCGACGAUUCUGGAUUUGAUGACUCGCACUGCGCGAGCCCACGGGACUGUGACGUCAAGUUUUCAAGCACGAAUUUUUCUCAAAGAUCAAGAUGUAUACGAGGUCGAUGCAUAGAGUAUAACGAAAAGAAAAAUAUCUACAACGCUGGUCGCCAUUUUGUGACAUUCCUGCUACCUCAUGGCGCUCCUCACACUCUUCGGCCAAUCAUAUCCGAGAUAUUGGACGGGUAUAAAAAUCUUACGAUGACGUCAAAACGCCUCCUAGUAGUUAUGAAAAGACUGACAAGGCUGUACGAAUCUGGCUGGUAUCUCAAUAGGACGUCACCCGCCAAGUACACGUCAUCCUAUAAAAUGGUUGAUAACACAGACAUGCCUGGUUUCCAUGACUACCGUUGCCGUAUGUCUGUCUCCAUGGCAACAUGCACCUGGUCCGCGUAUGACGUCAGAGAGGCGGAAGAUGUUUGUUCAGCAGACGACGAGUGUAAAGCGUUCGUUGUGGCACCAUACAAAACUUGGACAGGGCGCACCGUUGUUCAUUUCAAGAAUGGUGUUGGGUCUCUUGCACACAACCCAAAUACAACCCUGUAUGUCAAACCUGGCUUGUGACAUCAUCAGAGAUCACCUAGGUUUGCGUACAACCCAAAUACAACACGAGUUCCUUAUCCCGGAUGAUGACGUCAACGUCAACGCGGAUGAUGGCUACAACGUUAACACGAAAUGUUGACGUUAACGUCAAACUGGAAUUAUAACAUUGACGUUUAACCGGGAUAGUAAUAUAAACGUUAUACGGGUUGAUCACGUUGACGUCAAACAGUAGAUGACGUCAGCGUUUUACUGGAAUUAAGGCGUCAACGUACUAUUAAAGUAUCGGUGAAUCUCGAUUUAGUUUAAAAAGAGAGGAAAGUCUCGGAAGUCUUGUAUUUUAGAGAGCUAUGUGAUAACUCCCCUUCGUUGUGAAUAGCAUUAAUUGUGCAAUGUGAUAUUUAGCAGGGUAAACUAAUAUUUGAAGAUCUUUUAAAGAUGUUAGCUUGAAAUGUAAUUUCAAAAUAUGGUAUAUUGGUUUAUUAGUUGUACCUAUGUCCGAUUAACGUAUUUAAAUUUUAAUUGAGGCCAUUUUCAUUUAUUUUAACUGAUGAUUCAAUAUUGUUUAUAGUAAUUGACAAAAUGGGCAUUCUUACAGUCAAUUAAAUGACCCUUGGUCACUGGAACAUGUGUAUUUAAUGUCAAACAGGUAUGAUUUUGCAUGACUGUAUCUUUGCGAUAGCAAGGAUGAUAUCCUUACCGCAUCAGCAUUUUCUGUAGUCUAAUAGUAGCUUUAAGCUGCUAUAAAAUAAACAUAUCAUGUGUUUCAUGUACAUGGCUUGUGGCCGAUAAUGCUCUGAGAAACUUUGUUCAGUCAAUCUCAGAAAAAAUAUCUUCUUUGAAAUCAAGCGCUUUUUUGUUUAAUUUUCUAUAGUGUAAUUUGUUACUCUUUUUGCAAAAUAGGAACUCAACAUUUCAAGGUUUUGAAGCACUUUUUCCGCCCAAAACCAUUAAGUGAAUUUCGAAUCAAGUGCAUAUUCUAUGGCCUGUCAUUAAAGAAAAAAACGUCUGCAGCCGUCAGCGAUUUUGCAUGUUCUUUUUAAUGUAUCUCAUGGAACUAACUACUAAAGAGGCGGGCUCAUUACACCACAUAUCAUCAAUAUAUGUACUGUUUCAAUUGGUUUCACUUCAUCCGGCCAAAUUUAAAUCAUAGCUUUUAAUUGCUCUUUUAAGGACGACGCAUUGACAAGGAAACUCUUUGAAGAGUUGAAACUUACUGCUGGUAGCCGCAGUUAAGGCGGUACAAAUUGAGUGUGUCUUAUGGUGCAAAUUGGCCUUGUUAUUGCGCUUUGUUUUACUGAUUGAAAAGAAUGUUGUUUUUUAUUUGCAGUCUAUAUAUAUAUAUAGCGUUGCACUGAAGCAAAUUUAAAUUAUAUGUGGAUUUACAUUUCAAAAGUUUUCUCCAUAUAAUUUUCUUUUAUUUCAAAUCAAUGUUUCCAGCUACAGUCCACUCCUUUAAUCUCGUCUGUUGUUGUUUUUCCAAAAUAAAUCAUGUUAUUGUGAAAGCUUUGGCGUCGUUAUGCAUGCGAAAACUUGGCCUGAACUCAAAAACUGUUGCACUCAUAUAACCAUUGGAAGUGUAACUAUGCACAUACAAUGUCUGUGACAAUGCCAAUAAGUCUGGCUUUAUAAUUUUAUUAGGUAAGCCCCUUGUUCGACUGAGAAAAAAAUCCCCAGACAAGAGUUCGCAUCCGCUGAAUAUCAGUAUUUUUUAGCAUUUAAUUUUUCAAUAAAGAUGCAGUAUUGUAUUUCACGAUUGGGUGGAUUGAAUGAUGGGUAAGUUUCAAUGAACUAUGAUUACUGCGAAAAAUAAUAUCAUGUUGUUGCUUUUUCUUCUGUUUGGCACCCAAUGCUUUGAGCGGUACUCUCGCUAAAACGUACACAACUUGUUACGCCAAAUAGGUUGUACAUUGUUUUGUUGCUGUUUAGUAAUAAAAAAUUGAAUAUUUGUA